UGCUCUGACGACAUGAAGUCCACAUGCCUGCCAACCUCUCUGCUGCUGCUCGUCUUGGAGAUGAGCUGUGUGUCUCCUCUGGAAAGCCACAAGCCCAAUUUCGUCCUGAUAAUGGUGGAUGACAUGGGAAUUGGAGACCUGGGCUGCUACGGCAAUAAAACACUGAGGACCCCCAAUAUUGACCAGCUGGCACAGGAAGGCGUGAAGCUCACUCACCACAUCGCCGCGGCGAACCUGUGCACGCCCAGCAGGGCAGCAUUCCUCACCGGACGAUACCCGAUACGAUCAGGUUUAGCUGGUCUUCACAGAGCUGGGGUCUUUAUAUUUAACGCAGCAUCCGGAGGUCUUCCCAGCCAGGAGAUGACUUUUGCGAAGAUUGCCAAACAACAAGGCUACGAGACGGCUCUGAUAGGAAAAUGGCACCUCGGACUUAACUGUGACCGCACAGACGAUCACUGCCACCACCCCAGCGUCCAUGGCUUCGACUAUUUCUUCGGCAUCCCCCUGACCAACCUGCGGGAAUGCCAGCCAGGACAUGGCGCUGCACUCGACUUCUUUAGGUAUCUACCAUACAAGACACUGGCCAUUGUCUUGGUCACUGCAGCCGUACUCCACUACUGCAGCAUCAUCACCAUCCCCAGAUGGCUGAUCUGGACCCUGCUGUCUCUGUCCCUCGUGGUCGUGGGUCUGUUGGGAGGAUUCAUGAUGAUCGUGCCGUACAUGAACUGUGUUCUCAUGAGGGAGCGUAAGGUGGUGGAGCAGCCAUUCGCAUCUGAAAACCUGACACAGACAAUGACCAAGGAGGCCGUGGACUUCAUUGAGAGCAACUCAGAGAAGCCUUUCCUGCUGUUCUUCUCUUUCAUCCAAGUGCACACGGCCAUGUUUGCUUCGGCAGCGUUCAAGGGAACAAGCCGACACGGCAUCUAUGGAGACGCCGUCCAUGAGGUGGACUGGAGUGUAGGUCAGAUGGUGAACGCUCUGGAAAGACUCAAACUGAGAGAAAACACCCUGGUUUACUUUACUUCAGACCAGGGGGCUCAUCUGGAGGAAACCCAACAUGGAUCAAAUGGAAUAUAUAAAGCAGGGAAAGCCACAAAUUGGGAGGGAGGGAUCCGGGUCCCCGGAAUUCUCAGCUGGCCUGGAAAAAUCCCCGGUGGCGCGCAGAUAGACGAGCCCACCAGCAACAUGGACCUGUUUCCCACAGUGGUACACCUGAGCGGAGCCUCGGUCCCAGAGGACAGGGAGAUCGAUGGUCACGACCUCAUGGAUUUGCUCCAGAGGAGAGUUGAGAGGUCGAACCAUGAGUUUCUGUUCCAUUACUGCAACGCCUACUUGAAUGCAGUCAGGUGGCACCMCCGAGACAGUAGCUCAGUGUGGAAAGCCUUUUACUUCACACAAAACUUCUACCCGGAGAACGAGACGACGUGUGUCCACACGCAAGUGUGCUUUUGCACGCCGGACUUCGUGACCUAUCACAAUCCUCCGCUACUCUUUGACCUCUCGAAGGACCCAUCGGAGACCACGCCGCUGACGCCUGACGCUGAACCGGCCUUCGGGUCCGUUGUGUCUGCGAUGGCGGAAGCCGUGGAGAGGCAUCAGAGAUCGGUGAAGCCUGUGGAGAGCCAAUUUUCUAUAGGGAAUAUGAUAUGGAAGCCCUGGCUGCAGCCCUGCUGCUCCACAAUCGGACAGUUAUGUCAGUGCUAGCAUGAGCAGAAGGGACAAAUAGGACGAAUGAAUGCUUAGUCACAUUUGCCACCUCUUUUUCCAUGAAACAUAUCCUAGAUACAAAUCAAAAUAACAAUUAAUUGACAUUAUUAAGUAGCAGGUUGGAUCUUUAGAUAUUUAUUUGUUUAUGGUGUGGUCGGAAUCUGAAAAUAAAGAUC